GGGCGCCGCGGCGAGGCAGUGUGGGCGGUGGGCCGGUGCGGUGCUGUGCUGUGCUGUGCUGUGCGGUGCGGUGCGGUGCGGUGCUGCGCGGUGCUCUGCGGUGCUCUGCGGUGCUCUGCGGGAGCGGCAGGUCGGGCUGUCCGGGCUGUCCACGCCGUCCACGUGGACGCGAUGAGAGUCCGACCUCCUCAGUGUGUGGGAGCGCGGGAGGACCACCUCGGGCUGCAUGAGGACUAAAACGAUAUCAUCCUCCUCGCGCCGCGCCGCCUCAUCUCCGUGUCCGCAUCCGUGACCGAAGAAGUGAGUCGACGAGUUUGAUGAACAUCAUGGCCGUCCGCGGCAGCGCUCUGACGCCUUUCUCCAUCCAAGCCAUUCUGAACAAGAAGGAGGAGAAGAGCAGGCGUCUCAAAGACCUGGACGCCUUCUUCCCCAAGGCGCCCUGCUGGAAAAUACUGGGAGAGCUGGAGGAGCAGGAGGAGGAGGAGGAGGAGGGCUCGUGCGCGGCGGCCGAGCGCAGCCGCCGGGGCUACGACUCGGACUCGGGUGUGAGCGAGGAGAGUGACAGCAAGAAGGCGGCCGCGUGCAAGUCGGAGCGGGACCUGCACACGUCCGACGUGUGCGCCGGGGGGGACACCGUGGUGGACGGCGCCGUGCACGAGCACUCGGAGCGGGACUCCACACCCGCCAAGGGGCUCAGUGACUGUGAACUUUCCGCGCGCGUCUCCGAUGCGGCGACGAACGCGGACGGCUCGUGCUGCUCGGACAAGGGGGGAGCCGAGCCCCCCAAGCAGAGGAAGAAGCGCUCGAGGGCCGCCUUCUCCCACGCGCAAGUCUUCGAGCUCGAGCGCAGGUUCAACCACCAGAGGUACCUGUCCGGCCCGGAGAGAGCGGACCUGGCCGCCUCGCUGAAGCUCACGGAGACGCAGGUUAAGAUCUGGUUCCAGAACCGCAGGUACAAAACCAAGCGCCGUCAGAUGGCCGCCGAUUUGCUCGCCUCGGCCCCGGCGGCCAAGAAGGUCGCGGUGAAGGUGCUGGUGCGGGACGACCGGAGACAGUACGGCCCGGGGGAGCUGCUGCGACCGCCGCUGCUCUCCGUGCAGCCGCCCUGCUUCUACCCGUACUCGUACUCGUACUCGUACUCGUACUGCCUCCCGGCAUGGACCGUGUCGGCCGGCGCCGCAGACCCGUGACAGCGAGAGAGUGGCGCGGGACGCGGCGACGGCCAGUGCGCGUUUUUUCCGCGCGCGCU